UUAAAUGAGAAUUUUCUAACAAUUAGGUAUCUAUUGAAAUAAUAGAAAAACAGCUACACAGACAACGAAGGCAGUGAUUUAUGUGCUCCAAAAUUAAUGUUCCUAUCGGUGAAUGUUAUGUUUCACGUUGUGAUGGAAAACCUUUAAAACUGUUUACAAUAUCCAAGGUUAUGAGGUGUGAUACUUAUAUAAUGAAAAUAUUUUCCGUAUUUGAAUCAUUCAGUUGACAAUGCACAAGAUGUUUGCACCAAAGUCAUGUUUUCAUGUUUCUUCACUUGUCAAAUAUCAUUGGAAAAGGUGUAAUCAAUGUAUGAAGUUGUUAUCUUCACAAACGCGGGAAAAUUCCACUUCUAGCAAUGGACCUUGGUCUGUGUAUUCUGAGAGAGUGUCAAAUGGUGCAUUAAGUAAAGAUACACAUCAGGAGAAUGUUGUGCGGAACUUACAGAAAGUAUAUGAGGAGGUGGUUGCUUUUGAACGACCUGUUUUACAUACCCAGAGUGCAGGCUCUCUGUUUAGUUUCUUUAGAAAACCUCAGCCCCAGAAGAUAAUAGCACCCAAAGGACUGUAUAUAUUUGGCAGUGUUGGAGGAGGGAAGACUAUGCUGAUGGAUUUAUUUUAUGAAACUGUUCCGAUAAAAGAAAAAUUGAGAGUCCAUUUUAACUCGUUUAUGUUGAACAUUCAUGCUAGAAUUCAUGAGCUCAAGAUUAAAUCGGGUAAAGGUGCUAGUUCAUUCCGUGAUGAGGGCUCAAAGCCAUUUGAUCCAAUACCACCGGUAGCUGCUGACAUCACACAGGAAUCUUGGCUCAUUUGCUUUGAUGAAUUUCAGGUGACUGAUAUUGGGGAUGCUAUGAUAUUAAAACGUCUUUUCACACAACUCUUUGACAAUGGUUGUGUUGUAAUAGCAACCAGUAAUAGGACACCUGAUGAUUUGUACAAAAAUGGACUCCAAAGAUCAAACUUCUUGCCCUUUAUACCUGUGCUAAAAUCACAUUGUAACUUAGUUCAAUUGGAUUCCGGUGUUGACUAUAGAUUACGGGGGACUGGCAAUAAAUAUAGCAAAUAUUUUCUAAACAGCGAGCUGACUCCUGAGAACAAUGCAGUGGAUAAUUUGUUUAAAUUUUUAAUAUCGAAAGAAAAUGACACAGUGCGACCUCGUGUUAUUAACAUCAUGGGUAGGAAUGUUAAAUUUGCCAAAUCUUGUGGACGCAUUUUGGAUUCCACAUUUGUUGAAUUAUGUGACAGACCCCUUGGAGCUAGUGAUUAUCUUGUGAUAUCAAAGACGUUCCAUACUGUGUUCAUUAGAGACCUGCCUCAACUAUCAGUAACUACACUUAGAUCUCAACUAAGAAGGUUUAUUACGCUUAUUGAUACACUAUACGACAAUAGAGUUAGGGUCGUUAUUGCAGCGGACUGUGAACCGAAAGAUUUGUUCAAGGCAGGUGAUAAAACUGAGUUUGCGGAUGCCGAUAGAGCACUUAUGGAUGACCUCAAGAUUACGAAAGACUCCGCCGAUGCCAAUGCUGCCAUUUUCACGGGAGAAGAAGAAAUGUUUGCGUGUGACAGAAGUCUUUCAAGGAUUAUGGAAAUGCAGACAGAAGAAUACUGGGAAAAAUGGGGCAAGCACAUUAAUUAAUGUUAUUUGAUUGAACUUGUUGAAUAGAUUAAUUCAAUUUUGUGUUCAUCAUAGUUGUGUUAUUAAGAGAUUUUAGCAAUGACGCGUAACUAAGUGCCUAUAUUAGAUAGUGUGUGACGUAAAAUAUCAUAACUAAGGUACUUAUACAACGAACAUCAGUAUUAUAACAUUUAUAUGUUAUUAAGAAUUAUAUUUGAUAGUUCAGUGAUGUUUCCAAUUUGUGUUAUAUUUUUGUAUAAUAUGUAUAUUGUACAUUACGUUAAAAAUUCUAUUUUGUUAGUAAUUUAUUAUUUGAAAAUAAAGUUGACAUUUUAAA